AUGCGCUUCCCAGUCAGGGGGCAAAGGCCGCCUGCAAACCCCGCCCCGCUGCCGUGCUGCCGGCGGGCCGGGCCGGCUAUGCGGGGGCUGGGGCUGCUGCGCGCGGCGGGGCGCCGGGGCAGGGGCGUUGUGUUGCAGCUGCCGCAGGCCCGGCCCGACCGCUUCGGCGGCGUCAGCGUGGACCUGGCGCAGCUGCGGGGCCUGGAGCGCCCGCGCGCCGCCCUCCUCCGCGCCUGGCUGCAGGAUUCAAUCAAGCAAUGGAAGAGGGAAGGCAAAAUAGCUGUGUGGCUGCACAUUCCUGUCCUUCAAAGCAGUUUUAUUGCCACUGCUGCAUUACAGGGGUUUACUUUUCACCAUGCAGAAGGAGACUCAUCCACACUGACACUGUGGCUAGGAGAUGGAAACAGCAGGUUACCAGGGUAUGCCACACAUCAAUUAGGAGUUGCAGGUGCUGUGUUAGAUAACAGUACUGGAAAAGUGUUGGUUGUACAGGACAAAAAUAAAACUAAAAAUGCAUGGAAAUUUCCAGGAGGCUUGUCUGAUCCAGGUGAAGAUAUUGGAGACACAGCAGUUCGAGAAGUUUUUGAAGAGACUGGCAUCAAGUCAGAAUUCAAGUCCAUCCUAAGCAUAAGACAGCAACACAGACACCCUGGAGCCUUUGGGAAGUCAGAUAUGUAUAUCAUCUGUCGCCUGGAGCCUUCCUCAUUCAACAUCAGCUUCUGCCAGCAGGAGUGCCUGAGGUGUGAAUGGAUGGACCUUGAUGAGCUUGCCAAGACGAAAGAUGCUACCCCCAUCACCAGCAGCAUAGCUAAAUUGUUACUUUAUGGAUACAGGGAAGGGUUUGAUAAGAUUGAUAUAACUAUGAAAGAAUUUUCAGCUGUUUAUACAGGCCUAGUCUAUAAAUUGUACCACAGGGAGCUACCAGAGUCUUAUAAGGACAUGGGAGGAUUAUAAGAAGCUUCACAUUUAUUAAAUUAAAUACAUAACAAUCUUCUAAAAUUUGGGUGCGCUUGUACCACAUUAAAAUUAUUAAUGAACUGUU